AUGGGCAAAAAGAAGGCGUUCAUCAACAAAAAAAAAGCCGUCACCUACAGCUUGGUUUACCGUGACCCCUCCGAAGACCCGGACGGCGAGGAUGGCGGCCAACGCGUCCUCGCGCCUGUCGGAGGCCCUCGCGGGCUGCAUCAUACAUCAGACGAUUAUUCCGAUACCUACGAGUACGAGGACUCGGUGUAUGACUCAGAAUACACCUUCUCCAUGUCCAGGAGCGCCGCUGCCCACCAUGACGAGUCGUACACGCUGAGUGAAGAGCGCCGUCGGGAGCUGCUGGCCCUGGGUUUUCCCGACGACGGGUAUGACUACCUGAGGCAUCUACGCGACCUCGGACGGGGCAACCAGCAACAGUUUCCCCACCGGGGGGGAGCAGCAGCAGCAGCAGCAGCGGGGGGAGGACGGCAGCUUCACUCGUUUGUGGUUCGUCUAUCCCCCUCCCCCCCUCUCCCUUUCGGGCAACUUCAAUGUCGAGCACACGACGGCUGCCAUCUGCCAGCGCUGCAGCUAUCGACACCACAUCGCGGAACACCGUAA